ACACCACGCAGGGGUCCUUCACCUCCUCUGUGAGCACGUGUCUGGUGACAGGAAGUGCGCGGAGUUUGAAAGCAGGUUGUUUCAGAGCGCGCUGAUGGAUGAUGAAGAAGAAACUUAUCGAUUAUGGAAAAUCCGCAAGACCAUAAUGCAGCUGUGCCAUGAUCGAGGGUAUCUGGUGACCCAAGAUGAGCUGGACCAGACCUUGCAUGAGUUCAGAGGUCAGUUUGGUGACAGACCCAGCGAGGGUCGCCCCAGACGGACAGACCUCACUGUGCUGGUGGCCCACAAUGACGACCCCACCGACCAGAUGUUUGUGUUCUUUCCAGAGGAGACGAAAGUGGGCAUCAAGACCAUUAAGAUGUACUGCCAGCGGAUGCAGGAAGAGAACAUCACCCGGGCCAUCAUCGUAGUCCAGACGGGCAUGACUCCUUCUGCUAAACAGUCUUUGGUUGAUAUGGCACCAAAAUACAUCUUGGAACAGUUUCUACAGCAAGAGCUGCUCAUAAACAUCACCGAGCACGAGCUGGUCCCUGAACACAUUGUUAUGACGAGAGAGGAAGUGACCGAGCUGCUGGCCAGAUAUAAACUCAAGGAGACACAGUUACCCAGAAUCCAGUCCAGUGAUCCCGUGGCACGGUAUUUUGGGCUGAAACGAGGGCAGCGUUGAACAGCACACACAGGUGGAGCGGUGUGUUUUCUGUGGAACAGGUGGUGAAGAUCAUCCGUCCCAGUGAAACGGCCGGACGCUACAUCACAUACAGACUCGUACAGUGAAGAACAGUCAUUUUUCUCAAGAGCUGCAGAUGUUUUACUUUGUGUUUGUCGUGUGACAGGCUUUGUUUUGUUUGUUUUAUAAUGGAUGAUUCUUGUGAUGGACGGCAGCAAUUAUUAAUUUAGAUUUAUCUUUAAUUUCCAUAAAACUUGAAUCUUGGAU